AUGCACUUCAACGCUGUGGCUGGGCUUGCUCUGAGCCUCGUGGGCUCCGCAUCGGCCUUAGCAGCCCCCAAGCUUCCUGCUUCUGGUCUUUGCCCCAACGGCCAGUACUGGGAUACUGGUAAGGGCUGCACUGCAUCACCGCCGCCUCAGAGGUGUUCCUCCGACCAGUACUAUGAUAGUCUCAAGGGUUGCGUGAAAGGGCAGCCUCCUAGCGGACCUCCAGGCUUGCUGUGCACCAUUGUCAAGACUCUGGUCAGGGUGGCACGUCAGGAUUUACAGGCUACGUCCUUUUGCUCUUCGUACCUUAGCAUUCCUGUGUCGACCAAGUCGGUUACAGUGACAGCCUACACUACUGUUUCAACGACCACUUCUACCAUCACGUCGGGAGUCACCACAACGACUGAUUCAACCAAGACUAUCACGGACUCUACAACCACUACCACAUCCACCGAAACCAAGACGACAACGACCAAGAGUACGACUACAUCCACCAUCACAGAAGUCAUCAAGACUGAAACCAUUACUGCAUGCGCAUCUCCCGUCGCCCCGCUCAAGAAGCGCUAUAGUGACAUCGAGGCUCAUGAGGAAAGGGUCAAGCGUGAGAAGUUGCACCGCAUUGAAGCACGCGGUAUUGCAAAGCCUGGUGCCUUUGCCAACUACGGCGACCCUGCGGCCGUGUCCUACGCUUGCAACUGCUUCGACAUUACUACCUAUACCACUACAUCAGUCACAACUUUGCGGACCAAGACCGUCACUGCCUCUGUCACCGUUCCCUCGACAGAAAAGGUUACAGCCACUUCCACGGCUACUGCCACUUCCACGACGACUAUCACAGAGCCAGCUACCGUCUACACUGAGACGGUGACUGAAAAGACAACUACCUCUAUAACCCAAACCGUGCUCAAGCCAACUGUUAGCAUCCUUGCCAUGGGAGGAUGGAACAAUGGCCAUGCGCUCUCCGAUGAGGGUGACGGCACGGUCGGCGACGACGGCUAUGGAACUACACUCUUGUUCAACCUGGGACUUGACGGAACUCUGAAAGUGACCAAUGGUGUGAGGAGCGGCUCCAACGGCCAGACUGAUCCCAACAAUUAUGGCUCCAACUCGUUAGUGCUGUUCGGUUUCAGCGGUGGCGCCCUAAAGGACAUGACAUGCACUGUCACGCAGAGGACCGACGGCUCUUGUCCCUUGAAGUGCCAGGGCACCCGAGGAAGCACCAACUUUGACUGCGGUGUCUACUGGCGAUUGGGCAGUGAUGCUGAUGUGCAGGGUUGCUCGGUGUUUACUCCCUAUGCGGUUGGUUCUGUUGGUGGCUAA